ACCAAGCCUUCGUGUGCCGGAUCCCAAGAGAUGUCCAGUCUCUAUGCAGUUCGCCCCACCUGGAGGCCGUUCAAAAGCUGCCAUCACUAUACCAGAACUUGUCUACUGCUGCUCCUUGCAAAAGUUCUGAAGUGUGUAUUUAUACAGGAUCAAAGAAAGACACAUGGAUUGCCAUUGAUCCUAUCACAGGAGCUAAAGUACAGACUUUAUCAUCAGAUGGAGCUCAGAAAGUCUGUCCGUCAUCCAAUGAAAAUUUAUUAUACAUAGGCAGAACUGAGUUUUCAAUAAUGAUGUUUGAUGGAAAAACAGGGGCUAAAAGCUGGAAUGCAACAUACAUGGAUUACUCAUCCCACGUGGCGCCAGAUGUCAAUGAUUAUGAGCUUCGGCAUUUUGUUUCAAGCUCUACAGGCGCUGCAGUUACACUUGACAGUGAUACAGGUGAAAUUUUGUGGAAGCACGAGUUUGACUCGCCAGUCGUGGCCAUGUAUCAGAUGCAUCAUGAGGGUCUUCAGCGAGUGCCAUUUGUGAGCUUUGCCGCAGAGACACUUGACCAUCUGACUGGUCAGCUGGCGUCCACUCACUGGAAGAAUAGAUUUAUGAUGUUAAAUAUUAGGCAGACAUUCUAUCCAAAGCUGUAUAUUGGGGAGUCAGAGCAGGGAGCGUACGCCUUAAUUACACUGGUUGAUGAGGCUGUGCCCACACUGAGUGUCAGAACAAAUAGCCGUCUUCAAAUUGAAGGUCCACACACAAACCUAGCCAAGCUGAGAUCAGUAGCAGACAAGCAUGUUAACUCGCAGUCUCAUGAAGAAAGUGUUAAAGCCACCACCAUCAGAAGAGGAGGAGCUGUGCUCAUGAUAGGUUACCAUGAAAUGCCAGAGAAGUCAGGAGCUCGAAUUUCUUCGGUUUUCCAAAUAUCUGACAAGAGUGAUGAUAAAAUCAUCCCCAACCCAGCAGGCGGGCCGGACUAUGCAGGAAACCAGACAUUGUCUUCCAGAAAUAUGUGGAACAUCAUUGCAUUUGUGAAAGCAGAUUCUGUAGCCAUCACUGUACUUUUGGGAUUCAUCAUCCUGUUAGCAGUUUUUGCACUGUGGGUAAGCAAGAGCUUUCUCUAUUUUUUCAUCAUACGUUAUGAGAACUUUCUUCCUCUUGCUUUGAAGAAAAUAUUGAAAGGGCAGCAAAGUCAGCAGUCGGUGCAAACCUCUACACAUCCUAUGUAUUCCAUUGCUAAUAUGAAUAUGAGACCUCAAGAAAGGCAUACUGAUCCCAGUGGCUUGGUUAAAGUUGGCAAAAUCGCCUUCAACCCACAGAAGAAGCUAGGUCACGGCUGUGAGGGGACGUUUGUCUACAGUGGAAGAUUUGAUAACCGGGACGUGGCUGUCAAACGGCUGCUCCCAGAGUGCUUCAGUUUCGCAGACAGAGAAGUGGAGCUGCUUCGGGAGUCCGACCAACAUCCCAAUGUGAUACGUUAUUUCUGUACUGAAGAAGAUGGUCAGUUCCGAUACAUUGCCCUGGAGCUGUGUGCAGCCACAGUUCAAGACUACAUCGAGCACAGGUACACACCACCUGUAGAGUUGAAAGCUAAUGAUGUCCUAGAGCAGGCAAUGGCUGGCAUUGCUCACCUGCAUUCACUAGAUAUAG